AUGAAGCAACAUCAUCGGUUCGACAGUCCCAAGGGAACGAAGAACUGGACGAACGACGGCUAUCACAGCGUUGGUGUCGGAUGGGUGAAAUCAGCAGAAAAACCGGCGUGGAAACGUAAACUCACAUAUUUGAUCGCUGACAAAUCAACAUUCGUAGAAUGUUUAUCAUCAUCGGAAGAAGCAUCAAGUGCUUCACGAGGUAUGAGGCAUCACACCACCGGUGGCGGAGACUCGUCGCUGGCUGCGCUCACUGAUGACUGA